GAUGGGGCUGUGGUCCACGACUAUGAUUCAUCUAGUGACUCGCAACUUUCUGAAAUCCAAGAACAGUUGGAUUUCAUAAGAAGCAAUCGUAUUAUCCGAGAGCAAGCCUUAUUUGGAGCGUUGACCGAAGAAGAAAGACGGAGAAGGAGGCGCAUACUACGGGGCCGCAGGCAUCGAUAUUCCAAGAUGAAGAAACUUUCUAUGCGGGAAGUGGAAUUAUUAUUCCCAGUUAAGACAUAUUAUGAUUGGUUGCACGGAGGUAAGGAGCGGGACUCGGAACAACGUGAGGAUAUGUUGCGAGAGGCAGAAGUUGAGACUAAUGUCCCAAGACCAAGUGAUGUGAACACUACUGUUCAUGUCAACGACGAAGCUGAACUUGUACAUACAUUGACGAAUACCACAACCAUUGACCAAGGUACUACCCCAGUGAAGAGGGACAUGAAAGAAAUUGAUAUUACUGAUGACCAGUCACAAGAAAGUAGUGAGAAUGAAAAGGAAUUGCAUUCGCUACAUUUCACUUCUGGUUCCUGUGCUAUUUGUUUAGAACAAAUUGAGGAUGAGGAGUCUGUUCGUGGAUUGAUAUGUGGACAUGUCUUCCAUUCUGACUGUUUAGAUCCUUGGCUUACAAAAAGACGUGCUUGUUGCCCCAUGUGCAAGCGAGAUUACUUGUUCAAACGGGACUACCACAAUAACGAAGACUCUAAUGACAACAACAACAACAACAAUAAUAAUAGUACUAAUGCAGAAGAAGACGACGACGACGACGAAGAAGACCAAUUCUAUAAUCUUAAUGCUGAAGAAUUGCGCGAUGAUCCAACCUUACAAGCCAUGUUGCAAGAACUAAUCCCCACGUCAGCCAGAGUUCGAAUUCUCAUGAAUGAUUCGCGAUAUGCACAUUUGAAUCUUGAAGAAAAUGCAACUAGGAUAGCGAAUAUGAAAUAUGGGAAGUUUUUCAAGGUGGUCUGGUGGAAAUUGAUGGGGAUUUCGAAGCGAGAUUUUUUUAAUUGGGCAGUUUUAACUUUAAUUCAUCAAUAUAGACAAGAGCAUCCAGAAGAUAUCAAUGAGCGAACAGAAAUCCAACCAGGGGAACAGCAGUCAGCUGAACAAUCUGAAACUGAAGAGAUACAGGCCGCUCAAAACAACGAGUCGCAGGGACAUGAGACUGUUGCAACCACUGAACAAUCUACUGAUGCGGAAGUGGAUAUAACUGAGGCAAGAAGUAUAGUUGAAAAUAGGGUGUGAGUUACAUCCUAGGAUGUUUUUAGAAUAGGAUAUUUCCAACAAACGGGGCUAAUUUUACUUUUCAUUCACUAGGAUACAUUUAUAAUUCAUUUUACAUUUGCAACUUUGGUUUACUAUUAUAUCGUUUUAAUUUACACAUGUACACAUUU